AUGGCGACGGGCGCACGCUCGGGCGAGCAGCGCAUGGUGCACCAGGACUACAUCGCCAGGAUCCGCUUCUCCAACGCGCUGCCGCCACCGCCGAACCCUCCCAAGCUGCUGGAGAUUCCGAAUACAGGUCUCACGAGCGGACAGUACACGACACCGGCGUUCGCCUCGCGGCUGGCGAGGGAACAGCCGCUCAAUAUUGAGGCAGAUGCUGAGUUGGGCAUGCCGCUGAAUCUCGUGGGCAUGCCUGGCGUGUUUGAUGGCGAUGAACGAUCUAUCCAAGCACCUGCCCAAGCACCACCUGUCCACCCACAUGACCGGCCACUUCUCCGUCCCAUAGCCGCACUCGGCAAGCUCAAGGUGGCCGAGGCCAACGUUUCCUUCCUCCGCCGGACCGAGUACAUCUCAUCGAGCACGCCGAAGCGACCCGAAGGCAGCCACGCUCGCGCACUGCUGGCCAAGGCUAGGAAGCCGACGCGGGCCCUAGACGCCGCUGCCGACUCGCCCCAGGCCAUCAAACGAAAGAUCGACGAGGGCUUCGAGCUUGCCGCGCUCGAUCUCAACGACCUCAAGCGCGUCAAGCACCCUUCGAAGAAGCACCUCAAGCUCGUCGAGGCCCUGCCCCUCCUGCCAGACCUCGAAGCCUUCCCCGACUCGGGCGCCUAUGUCACCGUCAAGUUCCUCACUUGCCCCGUCACGAACGCGUCCGAAUACGACAGCCGACUCCUGAGCGGCCUCUUCCGACCGAUAGACCGGACGCCGGCGGAGGAGGCCAUGUACGAGGCCGCAUUGGCCGCCCACGAGCAGGACCCGACCCACAACCCGCGACCGCAGAACAUGAUGAACUACGACUUCUACCUGACAUCUAACGCUGGAGCGGCCCACAACUUCCGUCGCAAGUUUGAUGUCGACGAUGCCGAGCACGCCAGCGACGACCUCUACUCGCAUGACGGCCACUUCCAGUUCAACCGUGUCCGGGCCUACGAGACAGCCCACGAGACAGAGCUCGACCAUCCGACAAAGUACGACGAUGAGAUCAUCCUCGCUUACAACGACGAGGACGCCUACCCGAAGCAGAAGGCCGUAUACUACUACCCCGUCAUGCAGCGCUCCGCCAUCCGGCCCCAGCGUACAAAGAACAUUGCCCGUCGCACCGUCGGCCCCGAGCAGGAUACCGAGGAGCAGGUUGUCGACCAGAUGGAGAUUACCGUCGUCGAUCCCAACGAAGAUAUGCUCGAGGCCAUGAAGAGUUAUCGGGAGAAGCCACUUGGCUGGGAGCAGGCUGUCGAGGAGCAGGAGCAAGAGCAGGAGCAAGAGCAGGAGCAGGAGCAGGAGCAGGAGCAGAGCCUGGAUCGUGACUCGUCGCCGCACGCCGAUGCCGAAGGGGACGAAGCCGAAGAGGAUGCGAGAUGGCAGCGUCACGGCAGCGAGGGCCGAAAGCCCAGAGCCGACUCCCCCGACGACGACCGGGACGCCGAGGGCGACGAGGACGAGGACGAGGACUGA